CAAAAUUUUUAAGGCGCUCUUUUCAGAACUAGGUCGAUGGAUCUUUUGUCUAUUAAGACGAUUCAAGUUUCAAGGGCCCUGUUUAAAUUCCGGCAAACAAAGUAAGCCAAUAUAAAUAAAGUUUGAUAUAUUCCUAUACUCCACGCGCUUAAUCUUAUCGUCUGCUAAGAUUUUAAGCAGAGUCACCUCAGUACUUCUUGUUUUUGCAUUUUUAAAAAGGAAAUUCAUUAACAUUGCAAAGAUCUGCGAGCUUCGUCACUUCGUAUGAAUACAAGUUCAGUUUUUGAAGGGUUCACCUACCGAUGCUCCUGAGUUCCUGAAGUCCAAGUAGCGAUGCAUGGCGUUCUUUCCGUCGUCAUCGUAAAACCUCUGCAGCGUAAUAGUUAUAAAAUGAAUUAUUUAACGAAUUAAGGCCCAAAUAGUAGGGUUUCGAAAUAUCGGAGAACUCUAUCACACUUCUGCUAAAAAAAUUUAAGGGACGUCCACUUCUUGGCUUGUUAUUUAGUUACACCUCUCAGCCUCUGGAUGGCUCUGUCCCACUUUGGACACACAGACUACUACUCUGCCGCUUUAUUUCUUACCGCAGCAGUCAUUCAACGCUUUCGAUUGGAUGAAGCAAACGGUCUUGUCUUCUGAUUGGCUCAUUCCCACUUUCCUCCCUUUUUCCGCCCUGGUGCAAUUGUGCACAGGUCGACCUUCCGUGUCGAGAUGAAACAGGUGGUGCACAGAUGAAACAAUAAUUGUGCGGCAACCUGAUUGGAUGGCGUGCAGUAUGUGGUCACGUGGUCCGUCAUUUAGUCCAAGCAGGAAAACACACUUUUCAGCGUUACAACAGUACCGUUCCGAAAAUUGUUCAUUAUGAGGCUAGACCGAUUGCACAUGUUGAUAUUAUUCUUAUUUCUUCCUGAUCGUAACGCCUUCGCCUCGAUUAAUAAGAAAAUUGUUCUGACACAACCCAUUGUAAUGUUGGACUACUUGGAGAAAGCGCAAGUAAUGGCACAAAGCGAAACACCUUCUCAAUACCUUUGUUACCAAGACAUUCCCGAAUCAUUUCACAUUAGUUACAGGGCUUUAUGAGGAAAGCUACGGGAUCGUAGCAAAUACGUUUUUCGAUCCUGUGUUCAACGACACUUUCUAUGUACGUAGAUUGUGUAGAAGCAUUACUUGGAUUCAAAAUGGUGGAACGGAGAACCGGUGUGGAUCACGAUCAAAAAAGCUCUUAAGAAAGGUGCUGUGGUGUUUUGGCCUGGUUCAGAAGUGAAAAUAGAAGGCCACUACCCAUCACACUAUUUACCCUAUGAUCGGUCACUUUCCUUCGAGAAACGAAAUGUACAAUGUUAGAGCAAGACGAUCCUUCAAGCUUUUUGGCCGCUUAAUUUAACGAAACAGGUCACAGUGGGCAUAGAUAUAGCCCUAAUUCACCGGAGAUUAAAACUGUUGUUCAUAGAAUGGAUAAUGUCACUGGAUAUCUGUUGGAAAUCGUGGAUUGUUGAAGUAGGUAAGAUUAUCUAAGCUUAAAUAAUAACCAAAUCAACUAUUUAACUGUGGAAAGUGGACAUCUGAUGACGAUUAUUGUUUCAUCCACAAUUAUGUAUGUGAUGAUUAAGUUUAUUAACUGGGCUGCUGAAGGCGGGCCCAGUUUAUACUUGAAAUACGUGUAUCGCAGCACUUCGCAAGGCUCGGAGGGGAGGCCCAUAAAAUGUCAGGGAUGGAAGGCGGGAAGAGAAUUGGAGUAAAUUGUGUAACUGGUUAUUAAUAGCUAGCCUGCGUAGCAGGCGCUAGGAAAUAUUUGGGAGAAAUUUUUUUUUCAUUUCGCCCAUUUAUUUCCUAGCGCCUCUCGCGCGCGUUUUUUUUUUCAUUUCGCCCAUUUAUUUCCUAGCGCCUGCUACGCAGGCUAAUUAAUCGCAGGCUUAGGUCCAUAAUGAAAAGACCAUAUAUUAAAUAUAUUUAUUAACCUAAUCCAUUCGGUCAUUACCGGGAAAUGUCAGACUGAGACAGAGAACUGGAGUAAAUUGUGUAACUGGUUAUUGAUCGCUUAGGUCCGUAAUGAAAAGACCAUGAUAAUAAAUUUAUUUAUUAACCUCAUCCAUUCGGUCAUUACCGGGAAAUCUCAGACUGAGAUUUCCCAGUAAUGACGGAACGGGCAAGGUUAGUAAGUGGUUACUCUGGGGGAGUCAGUGCCCUGGGAUAAAGAAGGCCUGAAAUUAAGUGCUACUAGGUUUUGCAGCCAGUAAAAGUGCUUGCGCAUUUAGCUUUCUUAGCUCAUGCAAAUUUUCAAAUUUGUGUCUUGUUAUUAAUGCUGUGUGAUGCUUGUAAUGGCCAUUCACCCUGAUAAAGGACGGUAAAGUGGGUUGAAAUAUACAUGUAGGUGAAAGACGAAAAAAACAUACUGUUUUGCUCUUCAUUUGUGGUACUGGAUUUAUUUAAUUAUGCAGAGAAUGUCUUUUAGUAGAUGCUUAGGUUACCUGAGAUCAGGCGUUAUUAUUGUUAUUUUUUUAGCUUUUUUGCCUCUUUGGCUCGAAAGCGAAAAAAGUAACACCUGAUACAUUCAUUUAACAAGCCAUCAACUACCCAAUUUACGUAAGGUAAUGUCUGCUUAACCUGUCAUGUUAUUCGCCAGCCAGCAUUUACCAGACAGGAAUCAAAUUUUGGUGUGAAUAAGAGAAAAGAAAAUUUUAACCCUUUAAACCCUAAGAUCAAAAUAUGAAUUCUCAUUUGUUGCCCCUAUUCAUUUCCUAUGGAAGUAGUGUGGUGAAGUUGAUAAAAUAUCAAGCAAAUUCAUCCUGUGUGAUUAUGUCGGUAAUUCUCAUGACCACUCUGUUUUACAAAGCAUGGAUAUUACAAGGCGGAAUUUGAUGCUGAUCACCCUUAAGGCUUAAAGGGUUAAAUACGCCCAUGUUCAGAUGGCAAGAAAAUGUUUUAAAUGUUUUUUAUUUAUUUGUUUUUUUGUGAUGGAAUUCUGCUAGCUGGAGCUGCCUUACCUUUAUUUAACAGCUACAAAUGAAUAAAGAAUUUACCGGUAAAAGUUCAUUGACGUCGUUCUGUGCUGAAAGUAGUGAAAAAAAUUUUAAUGGACUGCCUGGAAAUAAAGGUCAUUCCAAUACUGCCGGAGGAAAGUCCGGAGCAGCUUAUCAAAGAGAUUGGUACUUUAAUCGACGUAAAUGUUGUCAUGAUGAUGCUCAUUUAGCAGCAGCUCACCGGCUUCCAGACACCAAGAAUGUGAAGCAUCAGUUGAUUGUCAAGUUCGUACACAGAGAUAAAAGGGAAGAAAUGUACAAGAAAUACAGGAAUCCAAUUGUGAAAGAAUAUUACCAACUUGCUGUCUGUACAAGCCACAAUGGGUCACGCUGCUACAAGCAACAAUAAAAUCCACAUCAAUGAAUCUCUCACAGGUUAUCGCAAACAACUCUUUGGCCGUAUCAAUGACUUCAAGCGAAAGAACAAUACCUAUGGACUGCAAAUGGAAAGAUCUUGCUGAAGGCUCAUGAUUCUUCAAAAACCAAAUCUUUUGUUACACUUGAAGAAUUUGAAGACUACAUCGAACAGAUAAGCAAAAAUUAUAACUCAUAAUUCUUUUUUUCUUUUUCCCUAAUGUUUAUGUACCCUAUAAUAAUAUCUAAGCUAUAGACACAUACAUGUUCAAUCUGAAUUAUCCCCAAAAUAGCCUGCAAGCUGUACCUUUUCAUGACCUGGAUGACAGAGAAUUUCAUAUUCUAAAUGGAUCCUGUCACUUGCAGAUAGAUAAUUUAAAAAAUUACAUUUAUAUAAUUUGCUACCCAACCCUGACGAAUCUGAUGAUGCUGACCCUGAUCAUAUAUUAAUUAACCCUCAAUUUGAAUAAGGAUCUAAGUAAAUCAGGAGCGAAAUCCUUCUCAUUUCUUCAUUGUAAUAUUAGAAGCCUAUCAAAAAAUAUUGGCCUGCUUGAAGAUAUGCUGUAUUCUUUAAGUGGACAGCCUGAUGUAUUAGGAGUUUCUGAAACCAGGCUAAAUGCAACAGGGUGCAAAGAAAAUCAUUUUUACAGCUUGCCAUUUGGGCAAGCUGAAGCUAACAUUUACUAGCCUAAACAUCAUUUCAACUAGCCCCGAAAACGUUUUGAGAAGCAGAUUGAUUUCACAGUUCUUCUGUAAUUUGAAUUCUUCAAAAAAACUUCACUUGUCCAUCAGGCAAGUUAAUAACAGAAUUCACUAGCCCGAUAGCAAAAUCCACUAGCCCCGGGCUAUCAGACACUACUUUCUUUGCAUGCUGAUGCAAAUACCACUUUUAAUACUGAGCUGAUUAACUAUAAUAUCUACCAAUGCAAGCUGAUUCUCCAACCCCGGUGGGAAGAGUUGCUCUUUAUGUCAGUAAAGCUUUAAAAUCUUUUCCAAGGUCAGAUGUAACUUUGGAUAUGCCCCUUGUGGAAUCUGUUUGGGUUGAUAUAGCUACUCCCAAAAACAAAAAAUCCAACUUUUGUUGGCUGUAUCUACAAACAUCCAGGUGCAAAUAUUGAUGAAUUUAAUGGCAAACUUGAUGAAAAAAUGAAGCUAUUUAAUCCAAACAAUUACCAAUUGUAUAUCCUUGGUGAUAUGAAUAUAGACUUUUUUAAAUGUGAUAGUCACCCACCUACAGAGGCUUACCUUGACAUGCUGUAUUCCAAUAAUUUAUUACCAAUUAUUACUAAACUGUCACACCUGACCUAUCAUUCAGCUACAUUAAUUGAUCAUAUCCAUACCAACAGUACAUGCAAAGUUGUCUCUGGAAUUGUAAUGGUGGAUAUCUCUGAUCACCUCCCAGUUGUCUCUGUUACAAAUAUACCAGUUAAGAAACACAACCCUAUUAAGUAUUAUAGAGAUUACAGCAAUUUUGAUUAAGAAUCUUAUUUACGGGAUAUCAAUGCAGUCAACUGGAAUGCUAUCUAUAGUAAUGAUCUGCAUGAGACAACUACUAAAAUAACUGACCUGAUUAAAUCAAUAAAUUGCAGAUAAACAUGAACUAAUUGGGUAAUUGUCCCAAAAGAAACAGAAAUUGUGUACUAAGCCAUGGAUAACUAAUGGUAUUCUCAAAUCAAUCAAAACUAAGCAUAAAUUAUACAAAACACACUUUCAGUUUCUAACAAUCCAAUUAAGGUGACAGAAUAUAAAAAGUCUCCGCACCAUCUUCUUUGUACAUCCUAGAGUGCUGCUCUCUAUUUCAAACUCCUAACAAUCCUUAAAUUAUAUAACACGUAUAAAUUAAAAAUAUGUUGCCUUAUACACUGAUAGAAUGAGAAAUGAAACUGAUAGCUUUCCAGAUAUUUUCCUUGAUGUCGUGACUCCAGCAUCGCAUAUACACAAUCAUAAUACAAGAUUUGUCAGUAACCUGAAUUAUUUUAGACCAAGAGUUAAUCCACCAACUUAGGUAAGACGUUCUUUAAAUUCUCCGCUCCAAAAAUCUGGGAGACUGUACCUCCUGGUCUCAAGUGUCUGCCAUAUCAUAAGUUUAAGAAAGAAUGGAAGUCUUGUCUUCUAACCAACCAAAUCUGACCUUGUGUAUAAUGUUCUAUCACCCUUGAUAUUAUCUGAGAUUUUAUUUCCUCUCCUUACUGCUGCCGAUUAUCUGAACGUGACAGUGUCCAACAAGAAAGCUCUUGCUACUUUGGACACUGUACACAAAUGAAUUUAAUGUCUUUUAGUUAAUUAUUAUUGAUCAGCUACUUUAUUUACCUACCUACAUACACUUGUGUAAAUAUCUUAUAUAGUGUGAAAUAAAGAAUUGAAUUGAAUCAAUUAGGUUGGUGCAACAUAUUUCACGAACUAAAAUAUGUUGCGAAAGUGAAGAUGACUCAAAAUAAUUCACAGGUUCUGAAAGAGGAAUUACAGUCAAACCAGGUCAAGAUUCCAUUUAUGAAUUGAUUAUUUGAAAAAGCUAAUCUGUUUGUACCCAAUAUCAAAUUGCAUUCAAGUGAUCAAGGAAUUUUUGACUGCAACUUUUUAGUAUACAAUGAGAUGGAAAAUAUUUUAAUGGAUAAAUUUCUAUUUAGACAUUCUUCAAAUUCAAGAAAACUGAGCUGGUAGAAAUUUUAUAACGAACUCGCAUGUGUAUUCACUGCUCAUUGCCCAAGCAAAAAUGCAGACUGAAAUCAACAACAACUAACGGAUGGUGGCAUUUUGGCCAAUCGGAACACCGCAAACCAUCUGUAUUGUUUCCUAUCCAAUUAGAAAGAAGUCCAGAUUCUGGCUUUUUUGAAUGUGGUCAUGCCUUCCUCCCAAAAACAGAUUACAGAGAUAAAGCGAGAGGGAAUGAUCGCAGGCUAAUCCUUGGGAUAUGUUGUAUAUGGUAAGAUGUAGUAGCUCUUUACUUGUCCCAUGAGUAAAUAAUUUAUUAGGUACAACUCGUGGGUCUAAAUAUAUUUCCAUUGUAUUUUUAUGACCCAUUUUAGGUAAACCUGAUUAUCACAAGUGACCAUGGCAUGGCAGAUGUCAACAACUCCCGUCUUAUCCAGCUGGAUCAUUACAUUCCAUCAGACUGGUAUACACUCAUCACUGAUCCAAACAGGGCAGACCAUGCUUCUAAUGUGUUUUUUCAUAUUCUACCCAAGAACGGAAAGUUGAAUGACACCUACCAAAAGCUCAAGACUGUUCCACAUCUAUAUACAUACCUUAAAGAAGAAAUACCUGAAGAGUUUCAUUACAGGCAUAACCAACGUGUCAUGCCAAUUUUCAUUGUCGCAGAAGAAGUAUGGACCAUUACAAAAAACAAGUCGAGAAUAGACAGUUGUGGUAACCAUGGCUACGGUAACCAAUUCCCUGAUAUGCACCCCUUUUUUCUCGCCCGAGGACCUGCAUUCAAAGAAGGCUUUGUUUCAGAACCAUUUGAAAAUGUGAAUAUCUACUCUCUUGUGUGUCAUGUUACAGACAACAAAACAUUUGGCAAAUUGCAGUUCUUUCAAAGUUUUGACCUGUUAUUUUAA